AUGGCUUCCUCUCUCAGUCCGACUAAUGUGCAGUCCAAUGUGCCCGCCGAGGUACGGCUGGUACCAUCCCAAGUCACGCUCAGUGUUUCGAGUCCGCUUGCUAGGGAAGUGACCAAGGAGGAGGCGGAUGAAGGUCACGAUGAGGAGAAAAACGACGAGGCCGCUUCUUAUCCUCUAGAAUUACGAUAUCCCGAUGGCGGCACGCGCGCGUGGUUAGUAGUCCUUGGGUGCUUCAUGUUCGCAGCGACGUGCAUGGCAUACGGCCUCGUUUGGGGUGUUCUUCAAGAUUACUAUCAUACAUACAUGUUCCCCGAAACCAGCCUUAGUAUUCUCAGUUUAGCCGGAGGCGUUCAGAAUUUCCUGAUGAACGGCACCGCGUACUUGUCAGGCGGCCUGGGAGACCGAUAUGGUUAUAAGAGGCUCCUGAUCCUGAGCAGUUUUCUCGCUUAUCCUUGUCUCCUUGCUUCCGCAUUCUCCACAAAACUCUAUCAUGUCUUCUUGUUUCAAGGCAUCUUUUUGGGAUUCUCCCACGGUUUAGGGAUGCCGCUAUACAUGUCUCUACCGUCGCAGUGGUUCCUUGAGAAACGAGGCGUUGCCACUGGCCUGGCGGUCAGUGGGUCAGGAAUAGGUGGUGGUGUCUCCUCGCUCAUUGUCCGUAAAUUACUAUCAACUGUGGGAUUUAGAAAGACAAUGCUGAUCUACAGCUCUAUGCAUGCUGUAAUAUGGAUCAUUGCGUUGUGUUUACUAAAAGAGCGAGUACGUCCGGGUCAGGCGGAAGAAAAGAAACGAUGGUUGCCUGAACGUGUGGAUGGAAGAUUUUACAGUGUCGCUAUCAGCGUCUUUAUUGGCAUCUUUGGCUAUCUUGGACCCUUCUAUUUCAGUACCACAUACACCAAGCAGUUUGUACCCUCAAUCGGAAAGGAUUCCAUUCUGGCCGUCAUUCCCUUGGUCGUGAUGAAUUUUAGCGCUGGAAUCGGUCGCAUUCUAGCAGGUAGACUGGCCGACUAUUUUGGUCCCAUCAACAUCUUCUUCUCGUCGUUCUUCUUUGGAGGCCUUUUCCAAUUACUGAUAUGGACGUUCGCGAAGACUUACGCCUCGAUUAUCGUAUUCUCGAUUCUCAACGGAUUGGUUGGAUGCUGGUUCCUCAGUCUAUUACCUGUGGUUUGUGCGGAGCUUUUCGGCAUACAAGCCCUGUCGACGAUUACUGGUUUUAUGGUACUGAUGAAUUCACCUGGACAAAUGGCCGGAGCUCCGAUAGCGGGGGCCAUAUUUUCUGCUUCAGGAGGUAAUUGGGUCGCAGUCACUAUGUAUUCUGGUGGUGUGACAGUGCUUGGCGCCCUGUGUGUUCUCUACGCUCGUUUCUCGUAUGAGAAGCGUAUCUGGGCUUUUGCAUAA